UUGCAUGAUGUAACAAUUGAUUCAUAUUGGUACUACCUCAAGGACUCGGUGCUUGACGACGGCAUCCCGUUCAACAAGGUGUACGGCAUGUCGGCGUUCGAGUACAACGGCACGGACCCGCGCUUCAACCGCGUCUUCAACCAAGGGAUGAAGAACCACUCCAUCAUCAUCACCAAGAAGCUCCUCGAGCUCUACCACGGCUUCCAGGGCCUCGGCACCCUCGUCGACGUUGCCGGCGGCGUCGGCGCCACUGUGGCCGCCAUCGCCGCCCACUACCCCGCCAUCAAGGGGGUCAACUUCGACCUCCCCCACGUAAUCUCCGAGGCGCCGCCGUUCCCGGGCGUCACCCACGUCGGCGGCGACAUGUUCAAGGAGGUGCCCUCGUGCGACGCCAUCCUAAUGAAGUGGAUCCUCCACGACUGGAGUGACCAGCACCACGCCACGCUGCUCAAGAACUGCUACGACGCGCUACCGGCGCACGGCAAGGUCGUGCUCGUCGAGUGCAUCCUGCCGGUCAACCCGGAGGCCAAGCCCAGCUCGCAGGGGGUGUUCCACGUCGAUAUGAUCAUGCUCGCGCACAGCCCCGGAGGCAGGGAGAGGUACGAGAGGGAGUUCGAGGCCCUCGCCAGGGGAGCUGGAUUCGCGGGCGUCAAGUCCACAUACAUCUAUGCCACCGCGUGGGCCAUCGAGUUCACCAAGUAG